AUGGCCCUCCCGACUUGCAGGGCGGCUCUGGGUUGUGCGGCCGUUGUCAGGAUCUGCAGCCUCCUCCUGCUCUGGCUUGCCAUCUUCGGGGCCCCGACGGCCACCGCUCAGACGCAGACAGCCCCGAGCAAUCUGCCCCCUUGCGGACUCAACUGCCUCCUCAAAGCAAUCCCUGGAUCUGGUUGCGCCUUCGGGGAUACGAACUGCCAAUGCUCCAGCUCGGUCUUGCAGGACAAGAUCAACGCUUGUCUUGUCGUUAACUGCACGAUGCAGGGGCGUCUUGACAUGGCGCGGUCUACUGCUGCAGUCUGCGGCCUGUCAAACGAGUCCCAAUCGACGCGCGUCAUCAUUGCGGUGUCUUUCUUCUUUGUCGGCACAGCAGUCUUCGUUAUGCUCCGGACGUUUUCGAAGAUUAUGACCAGGACCCUGUACGCCGAAGACCACAUAAUCACCCUUGCCGUGACGCUGGCUGUGGCACCAUUUGUAUGCGUCCUAUACAUGGCCGUGCUAGGCUUCGGCAGUCAUCUGUGGAGCUUGAAAGAUGGCGCACUGUUGCAGAUUCUCCGAUUAUUCUACGUUUCCGAAAUCGUCUAUGUGGUUGUAUUAGCCUUGAUCAAGGUCUCCAUUGUCACCAUGUACCUGCGCAUAUUCUGGGCUUACCGACCCUUCUACAUCGCUUGUUACGUGGUGCUUACCUUCAUCCUGGUCUCAAGCUCCAUCAUCACAAUCCUCACCAUUCUCUCGUGUCAGCCGGUCCAAUUCUUUUGGGACAGGGACAUUGUCGGUGGUUCCUGCCUGGAUAUCACGGCGCUAGCCUACGCCAACUCUGGUCUUGCUGUUCUACACGAUUUGAUCAUCAUUAUUCUACCCAUAUUUAUGCUGUGGAGUCUCCAAAUGACCCGCAAAAAGAAGGUCUUCAUCGGCCUCAUGUUUGCGCUGGGCGGGAUCGGUCUAAUCGCUACCAUAGUGCGUCUUCAAACCCUAAGAGACUUUGGGAGUACCCCGGACCCGAGCUGGACCUACGUACCGGUAGUAUAUUGGACCAGUGUUGAGCUUUCGGCAGGGAUCAUUGCCUCUUGUCUUCCCGCCGUUCGGACCCUUCUCGAGCGGUUCUUCAAGUUCUUCGCCUUGAGCGCGGCCGCGUCCGAACCCUCGACAUUCAUCAGGUUACAGAAGCAAAGAAGACCGUCUCGCAAGGGAUCAGCCCAAGCUGCUGAGUAUUGGACGGAUGACGGUGUGGGAGAGUCCAUUCUGAUAAGCUCAAAGAAUUCUGCAUCCGCUGCUUCGUCGGUGGUACGCGACGCUGAACCGACUGGAAGUAGAAGAGGCGAGAGGUCUGGGCAGGGUUGA